CAGAAUGGGUUUGGCAAUAUCUUUAAUUUCUGACGUUGAGGAAAAGGUACUGUGCCUUGCUCUCUCUCACAAGAUGUCAAUGUUUUGAACAGAAUGCACAUGGGUAUCAAGGCAAGACAAGUUAGAGUGCCACGCGUUCCAGUAAGACGCUUCUGCGGCCAUGCGAAAUAAUGACAAUUUUUUGCAACACAUUUAUAACAAAGCCGAAUUUUUAUCGAGAAAGUCGAUGAAGGGUCUAAAUUCACAUUUAAGCUUUUUCGCAUGAAAAACACUUAACUGGAAGGAGGCCAUUAAAUUUGAAGUGAAAAGACAAACAGAAUUUGCUCUAAAAAAAGGAGCAACAAACUUUGCAAAAGUGAUUAGUUCAAAAGUGAUUAGUUGCAUGUAUAUAUAAAGCGUUCCUCUACGCGUUUUUGAACCACGCUGUCGUCAAAAACACGUUUGUUUUGGAAUUUUCCUGUUCGCACUAAAAAUAUGCUUUGGGCUCUUUGGAAAGACGUAUUUUGCAAUGUAACUUAGCCUCUUGCCUCAGACCAGUCUUUUCAGACAUCUAUCGGCCCCCUAACCCACCUAAAAUGUCAGGCGGAUUUCGGCACUGAUCUAAUGUUCAAAAUGAGAUUUUAAAGUGUGUCAAAAAAUCGGAUCGUGAUGUGUUUAAAAUAACUACAUUAUUGUCUUUUCCAUGUAACGUGAAAGAUAUAGUUUUCCACAUCUCUUAGUUUGAAACUUGUGUCAGCCAUCUUGGUGUGAUUUAAUUAGUUAUUCACGGUAAUUUUAACAGGCAGAAGAGAGGCCAUUGUUGAUAAAUUUUUAUUCAGACAAUGUUUAUUCUUUAGCCUACGCCUACUCGGCGGCUUUGGUCAAUUUUGGGCUAGCAUUUGGUAAGUAUGACGUCACAUGCGAAAUGAGAGCAAGCGUUGCUUUCGCAUGUGACGUCAUACUUACCAAAUGCUAGCCCAAAAUUUACUAAACUGCCAGUAAAGGUCGAGGCUGACUAAAAACGAGUUUUUUGUCUGGACAAUAAUCCGUCUCCUAAUGUAAUUUUUUUGCUAUUUUAAAGGUGUGGUAUCAUAAGUGUUCAAGUCGUGGCAAAAAUUGCAACAAAACGAGUUUGGUGGAACACGGUGGAUGUUCCAUCUGGUAUGACGAAUUACAGGUGAGACAAUCCAUUUACUGAAACUGUCUCCCUUUGUGCAUACGAACACCUCUCUAGUAGUCAAAACUGGCCGUUGAAAAAUUACCGUGGGUGUUGCAACCUAUUUUCAUGAGCGUGGUCAAAAAACAUGGUGCUUGAAAUCAAUUGUCAUAUGCUCAUUAUUCAGCGUCUUGUCGACAAACGUUUAAGGGGGAAGUCAAGUCCGUUCUGCGCAUCUGUUCUGCGCAUAACAAUGAGAGGACCUCUAAUGUGAAAAUUGCCCAAAUUUCGAAUGUUUCGAAUUUUUCUGAACAUAAACUUUAUUUCAUAUUCAUUUAGAAGCAUAGCGAACCAAAAUGAUGUUAGAUAUUUAGACAGUACAUCAUAUUUUAAAAAAUGCAGCAGUUCAAAAUGUAAACAAACCGUUUGUUUACAUUACGGACUUGACUUCCCCUUUAAGGUAUUCAAGAAAUAUCACGAAGCUUUCUGAGUUGCUGAUUAAGGACUGGACAUUGUUAGAAAAUUGAGAUGAAUAGGAAGUAAAACUCCGACGUCUUCGGCCCUUCGUCAGGAUAUUAGGUAGUUGAAUCCAACCCAUCUCAAUUUUCUCGUGUUUUUGUCAUUACCUACACUGGCGCAGAUCGUCCGAGUUGACGUUUUUAGUCCGUCUAUCAACAAAAUUAAGAUUAUUAUAUAUUGAGUAUUCAUUUUGCAUGUUUUGAAACAUUUUGGGGGGUGAUUGGGUAAGAUCUUUACCAUAACUUAAGAGCCUCUAGGUCAAUUUUUGGGGGGACAUCUCCCUAGCUCCCCACCCAUAUUCGAGUUUGUCUGGCCUUUCUUCCACCCAACCACACCUUUAUUCUGUUCUAAUCCAGGUAAAAAAAUCCUUUGACCCCCUCCCCCAAUCAAACACGCGAUGCUUCGUAACAUCUCUAUAUGCGCAGUUGUAAAUUUUUCUUAAAAUAAAUCCUGCCAUGUUCUUCAGUAUUUAGCGGACGUGGAGGAUCAUCUUGGCGUGUCAAUACCCGAAUGUGGUUCAGAUAUGGUUGUAGCUCAAAACGAAUUUGAUGGGAAAGUUAUUUAUGGAGCAAAACGGAAUAAGUCUGGUAGGAAAUUUGGUUUUUAGAUCAGGUUCACAAUACGGUAGCUUGAAAAUUGGAUUUCCAUACUAUUUCCAACGAAGAUCCAUGCAUUGCUAUUUCCACAGUAUGAAUUUUGAAAAUAAUUUCCAGUGUACCAAGCAUAUUAAUUCAUGAGUAAAUUAGCCAACCAUAUUGCUUUAUUUUGCUCACAUGAUAAUAAUGGAUAUGCCUGGUGAAAUAUAUUGAUCCAGUCCUAGAUUUGGAUCAAAAUUAAUUCAGUCCUUGGACUGGAUCAAGUCCAAGAAAUCUAGUCCAGUGCUUCUAGUCGGAUUUGAAAUAUUACAUUUUAGAUUUCGGCUACGCACACGCUUCUCUCGUUUUCUCCCAACAUUCCCCUUGUGCAUUAUCACGAACAAACACACGCGACUCGUUUUCUCUUUCUUAAUGGACCAUUUGCAUUAUAGACUAAAUGUUGAUCUAAACAAGUCUCAGUCAUUUUGUAUUACGCACGGGAAAUUGACAGCCCAAUGGGGUGUUGGGGCAUCAAUUUCCCGUUUGUAAUACAAAAUGACUGAAAAACGGCAAACUUCGCAAGGCUAUAUUAUCCGCAUUUUACAACAUUUCGCAACGAAACUUUGGAAUAUUACUAAUUUUGUGAUGCUCUUUCAAGCUGUGGUGAAAAUUUUGUCUAGACCAAAAUUUAGUCUAUAAUGCAAAUGGUCCAUUGAACACUGAUUAAGUUCGCUAUAGUUUAGUAAUAAAUACAUAGUUAAUAUACUCAAUGUAAUGUAGUCAGUCAGUGAAAAUUCCCGACGAGAAAUUCAUGUAUGCUAAUUCUGACUUUAACUAUUCAGGUCAUUUGUUUGUAAACCAUGUUCUCGAGCUAGAACCGUCAGUUGUGGAGCUUGCAGAACUAGAAUAUCAAGCACAGACUUCGUUCUUCAAGUUGAAGCGAAAAAAAUGGACCGCUGUGCACUAAGGCAGGUAAAUGAUUUGUCUAAUUAUGUAUUAUUGACUUAGAACGAAUAUCACAAAAUUAAACACGAUUGCCACAUGGGAACAUUUUUAUAAACAAGCCGAGAGAUGAAUUCAAACACCAGUUUUUACCAGUGCCUUAUUUAUUUAUCUAACUAAACAUCAUUUAUUUAGUCAUCGUUUUCUAUACAAAAAUGUUAUCUUUAUUACAUUUAGGUUACAUUGAGUUUUGUUCAGUGUUUUGGAUAUCUAUAACGGUGUAUCCUUUUCGUGAAUAACAAUGAGCGAGAAUUCCAAAAUGGUGAAACGUUUUCGUGUAAAUUAAAAAAUUAAUAUAAUUUAAAUUAUGCUAUUCGGUAACAUGUUCUGCCCCAAACAGAAUAGAAUCACUUGGUGAAACAUUAACUUCUAAAUGUCCCAAUUGAGAUUCGAGCUCAACGCGGAUUAUGCUAGGUGGAAAUUCCACCCAGGUGCCUAGAUGUAUAUCAACCUAACAUAGUCUGGUUAUACAUGAACCAAGAUAUCUUGGUUAAACCAACGCAAGUCCUGGUUAAACCUGUUCAAUUCAAAGAGAACUAAAAUAGCCAACAAAUUUAACAAGGAAGAUCAACUUGUAAGAAUUGUUUUGUUGCUGGAAACAUCACGUAUAUUUGAGAAUAACUAUACGUGGUGUUCCAACAAAACGCCACAGAUUUCACCAUACAAACAUACUCGAAACCAAAUAAUAUUAUUACUUCAGUCAGGAAAUUUUAACCAAAAUUCCUCUGAGUGUAGUAGACGACUAAGCUCUAUAGCACAAUGAAAAUUCAAGCGUGGUCUGUUUUUCUAUGAAAUUCUUUUCGUUUCCUGGAAAGUCUCUUAAGUUUCCUGGAGAUUUUCACAAGCCGCCUUCGUCACCCCAUCAAGAAUUGUGUCGAGUUUUGUAAAACUGACUUUGAAAACAUAGUCCGAACCGAAGGCCAGGUCUUUCAGGAAGUUAUAGAAAUCAUCUGUGUCUUCGCCAACACCAAUGCCAAUUGAAAUAAUGCUGACGUCAGCGUCUCUUAGCAACCCUGCUUCCCUAAUGGCGGCGGUGUCGUCAUGUGAUUGACCGUCGGUCAGAAGAACUAUGACGUCACGUACGUUUUCUCGGUCGCCUCGUCGGCCAUUGAAAAUCUGUGAAAAUAGAAAGGCCCAUAUAUGGUUGAUACGGUGGAGGCAAAAUUAUACAGCUAAUGGACCAUUCCCCAAUUAACCAAAAUUUUGAUCUCAACAAGUCUAGACAAAAUUCCAUCAUGGCAUGAAAGAGCAUCACAAAAUUAGUAAUAUUCCAAAGUUUCGUUGCGAAAUGUUGUAAAAUGC